ACAUCCGGAAAGAAAGCACCCACGGGGAAAGCACUAGCAAUGAAAAUACUAGUAACGAAAGCAUCAAUAUGCACAAGGACCGCAGAAAACGCAUUCGUAACGAAAAAGAACGAAGCACGUGUGAACCAAGCACAAGCAAAGGAUACACUCCGUGGCGAGAUAGCGUCAGUAAAGAUAAUAUUCGAAAAGAUAGCACCGGCAACGUAGACCAUCUUCGUAAAGAUAGCAUCGGCGGAUUAGACCACCCUCGUAAAGAUAGCAUCAGUGACUUGAGCCAUCUUCGAAAAGAUAGCACCAACAACUUAGACCAUCUUUACAGAGUUAGGAUCAGCGACUACUUGCGUAGGGAUAGCAUCGCCACUUUAGGCUAUCUCCGUACAAAUGGUGCCAGCAUCAGUCCGAUGAUUAACGAAAACAUAGGAAUCAGACUGACGAUGUCCGAGGUGCCUGACAUUGAGUUUGUGUAUGAUGAUGCCGACCAGUACAUCACAGAAAUAUCAGAACUCUACAGUUACACCGAGGAGCCAGAAUUCACACAGAAUCAACUUAGUUUUGAAGAGCUCAGUCAGCAGCGUGGUAUACCUCGGUGGACAGUAGCUUCAGAUGAGAUCCGAAAGAAGUUUGUGGUUUUCUUACAGAACGAACUUGAUAUUGCUGACAGAAUGCGGCGUAUGAAAGUAGUUCAGGCUAUUCUGUAUUUAGCUCAAGGUGUGUUUGGCGAGUGUGUGUGUGAAGAUGACCAGCUGGAGUGGUCGAGGAAGAAUGUGCUCGUAUUGUACGACACUGGCCUCUUCAUGUCCUUCAUUCAGCUGCUAGCCAUGGAGAUAGAUAAUACAACAGCUGCCACUCAAGCACUAAGGAAACCUGCUGUGUCUCUUGCUGACAGUAAAGAAUUGAGGGCUAUUCUGAAUGUGUUGUACACGAUUGUUGAAACAAUGCGGGUCCCGGGUGAGGAGGAGACGGAGGCUGACCGGGAGGCACGGGAAACGUUCAAGUCCGAUCUCAAUCUGCCUGUUGUUGGCGAGGAUUCGCUGCCGGUUGCCCUCUUCUCCAUGGUAACACGGUUCUGCAGUGGCUGCUGUCCUCACUUCCCCAUGAAGAAAGUUCUACUCCUGCUGUGGAAGGUUGUCCUGGUGUCGUUGGGAGGACUGAGAAACCUUCAAGGCAUAAAGAACAAGGUUCGAGAGAAGCACAGUCUGCCGCCGUUACCCGAAGACACAUAUGAGGUGUGUCGCAACAUGCGAGCAUCGUCCCCGCCCGCUUCUGCCACAGAUCUCAUCGAGCAGCAGGUCCCUCGGCGAGGAGCCAGGGGAGGUAAACGGAGUUUGGUCAAACAGAGUAGCUUGGACGACCCAUUUGAGAAUGGGCCAGACCGGGACGACGACAUGAUGCGUGAGAUAGAUCCCAUCGAGAACGGAAGUGACGAACAAGUACCUCCAACACCCCCGCGGCCUUCAACGCCAAUUCCUGUUCAACGGUCACUGCCAUGGAAACCGAAAGUCAGAAUUAAGGAUCUGGAAUUAUUUCUAGAACACACGAGAGCUAAAUUUGUUGGUUUCCAAGUAAAGAACGACCAUACCUCUCUUGCUGGUCUUCCACAACCAAUACACGAGGGUGUCAAGGUUCUGAAACAGCAUUUGUAUGUAUCACUUUCUGAGAUUCAAAUCAAACGAGAAGAGGAAAUUGCUAAACAUCCUCUAUCUAAGCCAGAGAGUGAGAUCAUAAAGAGCCCAGCAGAACUAUUGUAUCGAGCGAUGUUGCCAAAUCUCCCACAAUACAUGAUUGCUCUUCUCAAACUCCUCCUUGCUGCUGCUCCAACAUCAAAAGCUAAAACUGAAUCAAUCAAUAUCUUGUCCGAUGUUCUACCUGAAGAAAUGCCUACGACAGUGGUUCAGUCGAUGAAGUUGGGUAUUGAUGUGAACCGGCACAAGGAGAUAGUUGUGAAGGCAAUCUCUGGACUUCUGUUGAUUCUCCUCAAACAUUUCAAACUGAACCACGUUUAUCAGUUUGAGUUUAUGAGUCAACAUCUGGUGUUUGCCAACUGCAUUCCACUGGUGCUGAAGUUCUUCAAUCAAAACAUUUUGUCGUAUGUCAGUGCUAAAAACAGUAUUCCAGCCUUGGAUUUUCCCAUCUGUGUGCUAGGAGAUCAACCAGAACUGACAGCGGAAAAUAUAGAGAACGGGGACAGCCUGCCUUACUGUUGGCGGAACUUGUAUUCCUGCAUCAACCUGCUACGCAUACUGAAUAAACUGACCAAGUGGAAACACUCCAGAACCAUGAUGCUGGUUGUGUUCAAGUCUGCUCCAAUCCUGAAGCGCGCCCUGAAGGUGAAGCACGCAAUGAUGCAGCUGUACAUUCUGAAGCUGCUGAAGAUGCAAACCAAGUACCUGGGCCGACAGUGGCGCAAGAGCAACAUGAAGACCAUGUCGGCCAUCUACCAGAAAGUGCGGCACCGGCUCGGAGAUGACUGGGCCUACGGAAACGACAUGGAUGCCAGACCUUGGGAUUUCCAAGCUGAAGAGUGUGCUUUACGAGCAUGUGUGGACCGGUUCAACAACCGGCGGUACGGUAACAACGGUACAGAUCCAGACUUCAAACCGGUGGACAACUGCACCCUGAGUGUUCUCGGGGAGACCGUGGAACUGAGCGAAGAGUUCAAACAGAACUACGAACGAUGGCUAGAGAUGGAGGUGUUUUCCAGUCAGAUAGACUGGGAACUUGUGCUAUCACAAUGACACCACAAAUAGUACCAAAGUUAGAAAUUGUACACAUACCAAGUUUGGUCUGUCUCGUGGACAGAUUGCAAUGAUUAACUAGCUGAUCUUGAAACAGGUUGUUCUCAUUUUGAACUGUUGGUCACAGUGUUGAAAGAAAACAGUCUUCAAGUAUCUGGGAACAGUUUGCUAUCAUUUUGAACUGUUAGCCACAUGGUAUUGAAAUAGUCUUAAGUAUGUGCAAACAGUUGGAGAACUUGCUCUAUCCCAGUUACAUAAAUAGUGCCAAUAUUAUUACAAACUGUAUACAACACAAAAACACUGAUUCAUAGAUUGAAAUGAUGAUAUAGCUGGUCUCACUUUUAAGUCUUCAAGUCGGUUGGAACAGUUUACAGUUUAGAGACUUGUUUCUAGCUGAUCUCACUUUGAUCUGUAAAGCAAGUGGUCCUCAAACAAGUCUUCAAGUAUGAAGGAAUAAAUUGGAAACUUGUUCUUCAAACAGACUUCAUCAGAUAGUUGAAACAGUUAAUAAGUGUACUGUAAUGGUCGUAGUAGAUCUUACAACAUGAUGUCUGUUACAGAAGGUCAGUGAUGAAAUAGAAGCAUCAUAUGUGAAAGUGUAUCCCCCAACAUCCGAUGAAGAUAAGGUAGAUGAAAAGACCAAUGCUUGGUAACUCUAACAUUUAUUUGUGGUCAGUUACUGAGUUACUUAUGACACAAAUUAGUGGUGAAAGUGGUCAUUUGUUGAUGUGAACAACAAUACUGUAGUUGUCGGUGAACCGUUUUGAGAUCAUUAAUGUCUACAGAUGAAAGAACAAAAGUUCUUGGAUCUCAUCACAAACUGUUUAAACUGUUGUAAGUCAAAUCACCAAAUGGGAACUAAAGUUUAAUCUUAACAAAUAUAAUUCAUUACUAAUUCGCCAAAAAUCUAUUUUAAAAAGUGUAUCAUGUUUAGAUGUACAGUGAUAUUGGCCAUUUAGCAAAAUAAAACCUAAAUAAUCAAAUUCCCCAAAUUUGGUUAUAUUUUUUGGAAUUAGCAUAAACCUUCUAAGGCAGUUUUAGAUCAUGUCGGAAACCACUGAUACACAUUUGAAUAUUAUUUUCCACUUCGCAUGCCCUGCAUUCAGCAUCAGAGUGGUUCCAGAUGUAGUCAUUUUCUGCUUGAACCAGUCUGGCAACUAUUUUUCUGCUCUGGCUGAAUGCUGCCAUGUAUUGGCUUUGAAGGGUGUUAACUCGAGUGUGAUAACGUUUAUUUGCUAAAAUAAAUGACAUUUUGAAUUACACUCAGCAAGUUAAAAGUUUAGUUCAGUUGGGGUUUUUUGUAGUGGUAUAGGUUAUGGGAGAUCCUGAUUGUAGGUGGCUGGCCACAUACGAGUAUGAAUCUUCAUAACUCAAAAAUAACAAAACAUCAAGAGUACCGUUUUGUCCUUGAAUCAGAUGGUGACCAAUAAGACUUACUUUAGGGCAGGAAUUGAUGAAAACUGAAUGUUUAUACUUCAUGUCUGAAUGUGACUGUGUAUAUAUUUUGUGUCGCUCGUCUGUUAGUUGAACCAAUGUAAGCUAUUGCUUAGAUCAUUUAGUAUGUUGUGUAGUUGCAGGUCAGAAACUAAAAUAAUUGUAAUUUAUUAAGUUAUUUCUUCUGCUAGUGUGAUAUCAAGCCAGAUAGGACUUGGAUUCUAGGACAUGUAACAUAAUGGUGGUCUGAACAUACCAUUUAGAAAAUCUCUGUUACGUUGAGAUUCUGAAAACAUUUCAGUUAAUGUUGCCAUAAAGAAUCUUAAAGUG